AUGCAUUACCCAUCUCACAUCGCUAGAUUACAGUAUAAAAGUAUUAUUCGUUUCAAAAUUCCUAACACCCAAGAUGAUCUAAUUGGGAUCCUAACAACGAUAAUAUGGGUUCCGUCAGGGCACCAUGCUGCUGUCAAUUUUGGGCAAUACCCAUAUGCUGGUUACAUCCCAAACAGGCCAACAAUAGCAAGAACAAAAAUGCCAUCGGAGAUUCAAGAAAGCGAAUAUUGGAAAAACUUCAUUGCUAACCCGAUAGGAGCCCUUCUGCAGUGCUUUCCGUCGCAGCAACAGGCCACAACGGUUAUGGCUGUGUUAGACGUUCUGUCGAACCACUCUGUAGACGAGGAGUAUAUUGGGGAGAAGAUUGAGCCUUCGUGGGAGGAGGAAGGGGUUAUUAAGGCAGCCUUUGAGCGGUAUAGUAGAAGGGUGAAGGAGAUUGAAGGGAUUAUUGAUGCUAGGAAUCUUGAUUUGAGUCUCAAGCAUAGAAGUGGGGCUGGAGUUGUACCUUAUGAGUUGUUGAAGCCAUUUUCAAAGCCUGGUGUUACUGGCAUGGGUGUCCCUAAUAGCAUUUCCAUAUGAUGAACUUUUAAUUACAACCCAAUCUUUCCACACUUUAUCUUCAUUUCUUAUGAUAACUAAUUACAUCUUAUCCAUUUUAGGGUUUCAUUUAUUGUCUCAAUGAAUGAAGCAUAAUUAAUUAGUAAC